CAAUAACCUCCUACUACACUUACUCGAACAGCUGUUUUCUGAUAUUAUAUGGACAUUGGUUUUCUCUUUUUGGCAUUUUAACAUUUUCUGAUUUAGUAGUGCAGUAACCUUCUGUAGGUGGUACUAAAAUGGAUUCAGUUUUGUAAUUAAGUAAUAAGAAGUAUUUCAUUAUCCCUAACCUUUUAAUAUUUUAACCCAGCUACUAACAUUUAAUGAAGUGCAGUAUUAUUUAAAUUUUAUUUUCUAUAUAAUUGUCAUCUAAGUGCAAAGAAGAUGUUGCAUCAAGCAAGAUUUGAUUUUGAUGACCCUAUUUGGGACCAACGUUCCUAUUUUGGAAGAUUUAAGUACUUCGCUUGGAUAACAGAUCCCCGAUUAAAUUUUGUAAGUGACAAAUGUCUUGAUCAAGCGAAAAACCUUCGAACAUUGUAUUUACAACAUCGGGAACCUCCUGGAACUACACGAGAGGAAUUAUUGUAUGCAAAAAAGUUAUAUGAAAGUGCUUUUCACCCAGAUACUGGUGAUAAGAUGAAUAUAUUUGGAAGAAUGUCUUUUCAAAUGCCUGGAGGAAUGCUAAUUACUGGUGCAAUGUUGACAUGGUACAGAACUGUUCCAGCAUUGGUAUUUUGGCAAUGGGUGAAUCAAUCUUUCAAUGCAUUUGUCAAUUAUACAAAUCGAAAUGCGAAUUCUCCAUUGACUGUUACACAACUGGGUGUAGCUUAUGUAACUGCCACAACAGCUGCCUGUCUCACUGCCAUAGGAUUUAAAAACUUUCUCGUCAAGCGAACUGGUCCACUUCUUCAGAGAUACGUUCCAUUUGCCGCUGUUGCUGCAGCUAACUGUGUUAACAUUCCAUUAAUGAGACAAAAUGAGAUCAUAAAUGGGGUAGAUGUAUUUGAUGCUGAUGAUAAAAAAGUUGGUGAAUCAAGGAUAGCAGCUGUUAAGGGUAUAAGUCAAGUGAUAUUUUCUAGAAUACUGAUGUGUGCCCCUGGAAUGACCAUCUUACCAGUUGUAAUGGAGCAGUUAGUGAAAAAUUGUUGGUUCCGUACUAAUCUGUGGUUCCAUGCACCAUUUCAAACCAUAGCAUGUGGUGUUUCUCUUACGAUGAUGGUUCCUGCAGCUUGUGCUAUAUUUCCGCAAAGAUGCUCUCUCCAAACUAAUACAAUGCGGCUUUUUGAAGAAGAAAGAUAUAAUCGAUUACGAAAAGUGAAUGAUGUCAUUCCAGAACGUGUCUACUUCAAUAAAGGGCUUUAAUGGAUCUACGUGUAUGAAAAUAUGAAUUAGAAGUAUUUAGUGGUGUAGAAAGAAGAUGAGUAAUGCCCUCAGUUAACUCUGUUGCUGGUACUUAUUCUAGAGAGUUACAGAAUAUUUUCUGAUUUUACAAAAUUUUCAUUUUUAACUCUAGUCGUUUUUUAUUUGGUUUGUUAUUGAGUUGGUGAAAUCAUAGAUUUUAAAUUUGUUUCUAACGCUUAUUAUGUUUUAAUUAAAAUUUGACGGGUGAUUAUUUUUAUUCUAUGCUGUAUGUGAGAGCGAGACAAUAAUUGGAGUGCAUAAUAUUUAUUUUUAAGAACUUAUAUUUUGUUUUGUGUUUUGAUGUCCAUUGAUAGAUGAAACCUUAUUAUGUUAAUUAAAAAUUAGGGUAUUUAAUACAACUUUAAAUUGCUGCAUUUGUAAGUCUUUCUUCUUUGUUGAACUAAUCUUGUGAUGUUAUGUUUCAUAUUUUUAUGUCAUUUUAUUUGUUUGGGUACAUUGUUGAUGAAAUUGUUUUAACAUACCAAAAUAAUAAAAUCUCAGGGUUCCAUUACAAAAAGGAUAUAUAGAUAAGUAUUAUAUGGUAUCUUUAAUUACUAUAAAACAUAUGGUAAUGGUUUUGGGUUGUUUAUUGUACUUUCAAUAUAUUACAGUUAUAUAUUUUAUUAUUUUUUAGUUAACUGCAAAUUGGUGAAGUAUAAUCUGUUUUCUUGCAUUAAAUGCUUAGUGAACUAUUAUUUUUAACAUUUUAGUUGUUACAGCUUUAAUUGCCUACCAUUCACUGUUUAACAGUAUUGGUACUUACUUAGGCACAAAUACUUUGUGUUAUUCUAGCAAAGCAAUAAUAAAAUGUUUAUAAAAAUAAGUACUUUUUUUUUCUCUGUUUUCUUAUUUCUUAAUUAUAAUUAUACUUGUAGGUCAUUAAUGUCUGUAUGUUUUUUUUUUUUAUCAGUAUGUAAUAUUUUUAUUCUUUCAAAUACCAAAUGACAAUAAAUUACACAUUACACUGCU